AUGCAGCAACAGCGACAAGGGCUGGUUAGCUCGCAGGACAUCCCUUGCAGCACUAGGCAGACUGACGAGGCAGCAGCAGCAGCAGCAGCAGCAGCAGCAGCAGCAGCACAGGGCGGGGCUGUCUGCCGCCUCACAGCAGCUGCAGCGGCUGCAGCACCAUGGCAGCAGUCCUCUGAAGCGCAGGAGCGCCUGCAGCAGCAGCAACAGCAGCAGCUGCUGCUGCAACAGCAGCAACAGCCGAAGCAAGAACGGCUGCAGCAACACCUACUCCGGCAACAGCAGCAGCAGCAGCAACAGCAGCAGCAGCAGCAGCAGCAGCAGCAACAGCAGCAGCAGCAGCAGUACCAGUCGCAGCAGCAGCGGCAGCAGCAGCGGCAUCGGGCACAGCAGGAGCAGGUGCAGCACCAGCACCAGCACCAGCAGCAACAACAGCAGCGCCAGCAGCAGAAGCAGCAGUACCAGCAGCAGCAGCAGCAGCAGCAGCAGCAGCAGCAACAGCAGCAGCAGAUGCUACAGCGGGCGGCGCAGCACAGAGGUGAAGAGCUGCAGGAGGGGGGCAAGAGGGAAGCGAUGCGUGCAAUGGCUGCAGCAGCAGCUCCAGCUCCUGCUGCUGCUGCUGCUGCUGCUGCCCCUGUAUCAGCAUCGUUGGAAGGAGCAGCAGCAGCAGGGCGCAUGCAAGAAGCUGCCAAAGGAGACAGCAAUGCAGCAGCAGCAGCAGCAGCAGCAGCAGCAGCAGCAGCAGCAGGAGACAGCAAGGAUUCCUUGUCUUUAUGCUGCUUCCAUAAGACCCAUGGGCCGAGCAGCGAGUCGUCUGCAGCGCCAGCAGCAGCAAAAACAACAGCAGCAACAGCAGCAGCAGCAGCAGCAGCAGCAGCAGCAGCAGGGAUGGAAGACAGCAGCAGACAGCGGGAGUUUAUUAAACACAUGCUGAGGACCACCAACGUGCGGGCGCAGCUGUCUCUCCCUGGGUGGAGCGACUGGAGCGAUGCACUUGAAGAGGAAGCAGCAGCAGCAGCAGCAGCAACAGCAGCAGCAGCAGCAGCAGCAGCAGCAGCAGCAACGCCAGGAGCAGCAGCAGCAACAACGACAGCAGCAGCAGCAGCAGGAGGGACACUUGAGGAGAUCCUCCGGCUCUGCACCCAAACGCAGCAACCGGGGCAGCUCCCUAUCCCCCCCAUCUACCCCGAGGCUGCUGCUGCUGCUGCUGCUGCUGCUGCUGCUGCUGCAGGUGCUGCUGUACAGGCAGCAACAGCAGCAGCAGCAGCAGCAGAUGCUGCAGCACCUGCUGCUGCUGCUGCAGACGGAGAAGCACUCUCACAAAAGGAGAACACAGGAAGAGAUGCACUCUUUGCUGCUGCUGCUGCAGCCUGUCGGCAGCUGCUCGCAGCAUCCCCUCCUGUCGGCAGCUGCUCGCAGCAUCCCCUGCAGCAGCAGCAGCAGCACCAGCAGCAGCAGCAGCAGCAGCAGCAUCCAGAUCGGCUGCUGCUGCUCCUUCUGGUGGCACCCCCGUCUCCAACAGCAGAAGCGGGGCUGGGGGGAAUACCACCAAGGGGACAGCAGCAGCAGCAGCAGCAGCAGCAGCAGCGGGAGGUGCGAGCAGCAGCAGUCGACCCAGCCAGGCCCAAAGUUCAGCUUCGAGAGGAGCAUAUCCAGCAGCAGCUGCAGCACCAACUGCUGCUGCUGCUGCUGCUGCUCGGCUUAAGCGGGGCUGGGGGGAAUACCACCAAGGGGACAGCAGCAGCAGCAGCAGCAGCAGCAGCAGCAGCAGGGCACCCCCGUCUCCAACAGCAGAAGCGGGGCUGGGGGGAAUACCACCAAGGGGACAGCAGCAGCAGCACGAAGCAGCAACUGAAGAAGCAGCUGUUGCUAUCGCUUCUGCUGCCGUGA